AUGUCUGGCAGCCCUGCCCAGCCCAGACCAGCCCAGCCCAGACCAGACCAGCCCAGACCAGCCCAGCCCAGCCCAGACCAGCCCAGCCCAGCCCAGACCAGACCAGCCCAGACCAGACCAGCCCAGCCCAGACCAGCCCAGCCCAGACCAGACCAGCCCAGCCCAGACCAGACCAGCCCAGAUGUGUUGGGAGUGACUCUGGAUGGGGUGAAGACAGUGAGGCAGGGAGAGACUGUUACUCUACACACUGGUUUUACUGGACUACAGAGUGUUCUUAUACUGUGGUUUUAUGGACCUGUGGAUCCAGACACAAUGAUAGUUAACAGUCAUGUCAUCACAGGAGAGAUUAUAACAGAUUACAGUGAUAGAUUCAGAGACAGACUGCAGCUGGACAGACAGACUGGAUCUCUCACCAUCAGGAACAUCAGCAUCACAGACUCUGGAGUUUAUAGAGUACAAAUCAUCAGUGGAAAAUUCUCAGAGAAGAGGUUCAGAGUCACUGUCUAUGCUACUGUUCCUGCUCCUCACAUUAGAGUCAGACAGAGUCACUCAGCAGUAAAUGGAUCAUCUGGUCCAAAGUGUUCAGUGGUGUGUUCAGUGGAGAAUGGGAGAGAUGUGACUCUGUCCUGGUACAAAGGGAAAGAGAUACUGAACCAGACCAGCAGCCCUGAUCUCAACACCAUCCUCUCUCUCGUUCUGGAGAUAAAAGAUCAGGACUGCAUCACCUAUAGCUGUGUAUCUGCUAACCCAGUCAGUAACCAGACAACGCAACUCAAUAUUACAGAACUAUGUCCUCACAGUCCUGGGUGUCUGAGGGCACUGACUCCAGAGGUAUCGGUGGGUUCUGGAAAAGAGGCUGCUCCCACACCCAUGGCCCUGGUGCCAUACCACCCUCACGUGUAA